UGGCAGGUGGGCGGAGGCAGAGGAGGGCUCGCCGGAGCUGCCAUGUCCGCCAUCUUGGAGCGUCGGUGAUGGUGGCGAGCGGAGGUUUUCCCGCCUGAGCGGAGGCACCCGGGGCCUGUGGCGGGGGACACGCUGUCGAGGAAGAAAUCUGCUUCAUCUAAUUCAAUGCUAAUUCAGUCCUGCUAAUCUGCUAGUACUGUAGAUUGAAAGAUUUUUUUGCUGUUGCCAGGAUACCCUGUAAUGGGCAAGAAGCCUGAGAGAAUACAAAACGUUCUGAUUUUUUAACUUUUAAAAACUUUUGUGUUUUAACAGGACCUGGGCUCCUGUUGAGAAGUGAUGGAAUAAUCUGUGGCCGGCACCUGACAUAUUGAGGGAGCAGCCCCUAAAGGAGCUUGCCUGGGAGACAGUUUGUGAAAUAACGCAGUAACAUGUUUGCAGUAACCAGCAUGUUUUGGAAAUUUGAUCUCCAUUCGUCAUCGCACAUAGAUACACUUCUAGAGAGAGAAGAUGUAACACUGAAGGAAUUGAUGGAUGAAGAGGAUGUUCUACAGGAGUGCAAGGCUCAGAAUCGCAAACUUAUAGAGUUUCUGCUGAAGUCAGAAUGUUUGGAAGACUUAGUUUCAUUUAUUAUUGAAGAGCCACCUCAAGACAUGGAUGAAAAAAUUCGAUAUAAAUACCCAAACAUAUCAUGUGAGCUGCUUACAUCAGAUGUCUCACAGAUCAAUGAUAGGUUGGGAGAAGAAGAAUCCUUACUUCUGAAACUGUACAGCUUCCUCUUAAAUGAAUCUCCUCUAAACCCACUACUGGCCAGUUUCUUCAGCAAGGUGUUAAGUAUUCUUAUCAGCAGAAAACCAGAACAGAUUGUAGAUUUUUUAAAGAGGAAGCAUGAUUUUGUAGACCUCAUUAUUAAGCACAUAGGGACCUCUGCUAUCAUGGACUUGUUGCUCAGGCUACUGACUUGCAUAGAACCUCCACAGCCCCGGCAAGAAGUGCUAAAUUGGCUGAAUGAGGAGAGAAUCAUCCAGCGGCUUGUGGAAAUCGUGCACCCAUCUCAAGAUGAAGAUCGGCAUUCGAAUGCAUCACAGUCACUCUGUGAAAUUAUUCGUCUAAGCAGAGACCAGAUGCUACAAGUACAGAACAGUUCAGAACCAGACCCACUGCUUGCAAGUUUAGAGAAACAAGAAAUCAUAGAGCAGCUUCUGUCUAAUAUUUUUCAUAAAGAAAAAAAUGAAUCUGCAAUUGUCAGUGCAAUCCAAAUCCUGUUGACCUUACUUGAGACAAGACGACAGACAUUUGAAGGUCAUAUAGAGAUCUGUCCUCCAGGCAUGAGCAAUUCCACAUAUUCCGUCAACAAAAGUGUUUUAGAAGCCAUAAAAGCACGACUUUCAUCCUUCCAUGAGCUCCUACUUGAGCCUCCAAAAAAAAGUGUCAUGAAGACAACCUGGGGUGUACUGGAUCCACCUGUAGGAAACACACGUUUAAAUGUAAUUAGAUUAAUAUCUAGCCUUUUACAGACAAAUACAAGCAGUGUGAAUCAGGAGCUUAUAGAACUGAACAGCAUAGGAGUCAUACUGGACAUGUUUUUUAAGUAUACGUGGAAUAACUUUUUGCAUACUCAAGUAGAAAUCUGUAUUGCAUUGAUUCUUGCAAGUCCUCUCGAAAACACGGAAAAUGGCACAAUUACAGAUCAGGAUUCCAGUGGAGACAAUCUCUUACUGAAACAUCUCUUCCUUAAGUGCCAAUUAAUAGAAAGAAUACUUGAAGCAUGGGAGAUGAAUGAGAAGAAACAGGCUGAAGGAGGAAGAAGGCAUGGCUACAUGGGUCACCUGACGAGGAUAGCAAACUGCAUUGUGCACAGUACAGAUAAGGGGCCAAACAGCACACUAGUCCAGCAGCUCAUCAAAGAGCUUCCAGAGGAGGUGAGAGAGCGUUGGGAAACAUUCUGUACAAGCUCUUUAGGAGAAACCAACAAGAGGAAUACAGUGGAUCUGGUUACUACCUGCCACAUUCAUUCUUCCAGUGAUGAUGAAAUAGACUUUAAAGAAACUGGGUUCUCACAGGAUUCUUCUUUGCAGCAGGCCUUUUCUGAUUAUCAGAUGCAACAAAUGACGUCCAAUUUUAUUGACCAGUUUGGCUUCAACGAUGAGAAGUUUGCUGAUCAAGAUGACAUUGGCAAUGUUUCUUUUGAUCGGGUUUCAGACAUCAACUUUACCCUCAAUACAAAUGAAAGCGGCAAUAUAGCCUUGUUUGAGGCAUGCUGUAAGGAGCGGAUACAGCAGUUUGAUGAUGGUGGCUCUGAUGAAGAAGACAUUUGGGAAGAAAAACAUAUUGCAUUUGCACCGGAGUCCCAGAGGCGUUCCAGUUCGGGCAGUACAGACAGUGAAGAAAGUACAGAUUCUGAAGAGGAGGAUGGAACUAAACAAGACUUGUUUGAAUCCCACACCAAUACAGAGGACAAAAUGGAAGUAGACUUAAGUGAACCACCUAACUGGUCAGCGAACUUUGAUGUACCCAUGGAGACUGCACAUGGUGCCAGUCUGGAUUCUGUUGGCUCUGCUGUGUGGAGUACUGAAGCAUCUGUGCCAGCUAAAGAAACUGGCUGGGCUUCCUUUUCUGACUUCACAUCCUCUUUGAGCUCAAAAGAGUCCUUAAGAAGUAAUUCUCCUGUGGAAAUGGAAACAAACACAGAUCCAGGUGAUCCCUUGAGUGCAAAUGCAACUACUCUUACAACACAGCUAGAGACCCCAGGAAGUGUUGCUAUGGAGGCCAGCUCAGAUGGAGAGGAUGAUGUGGAAAAUGCAGACAAGGUAACCGAGACAGUCAUGAAUGGCAGCAUGAAGGAGACACUGAGCCUAACUGUAGAUGCUAAAACUGAAACCGCCGUUUUCAAAAGUGAGGAAGGAAAAUUGACUACCUCGCAGGAUCCUUCUUGUAAAUAUGUAGUAGAAGAGAAUACAGAGGUUGCCGAAGAGGUCCCUUCAGGUCUUCAGCCUACUAACAGCAGUCCAGAUCAGAGGACUGAUCAACACACCCAUUUAGGAGAGGCAUCUGUUAAUGGCCCUGUAUGAUAUGUGAUGUCUACUGCCUUGGCUGAAGAGAAAGAACUGAUGUCCAGGUGUUUGAGUGUUUCUUGAGGAUAUCAUCUAGACCCUGUUGAAGCCAGUCACUGCUGCACUAAUUUCGCAAGGAAUCAGGACCAGCAACAUUUAUAUUCUAGAUUUUAAGACGUUGUACAGAAAUUCAUAAGUGUAAAAAUAUUGCACAUUGAGAAAUACCAAUAAUUUUUGCGUAUGUUUAUAUUGUAUUGUUCUAAAUAACGGGGGCCUGUGAAAUAAGAUCCUGCUACCCAUGUAAUGAUGACAGUAGUGUUACUAUAGUUAAAAUGGCUGUAAGAAUAGUUUUAUAAAAAAGUGAAUACAAAAAUCUAAUGUAUUUGAGACAUAACUAUUUGACGAUUAGUGUGACCAAAGUAUUUAGCAGUUUUCUUACAUUUUUCACCUUGUAAAAAAGAAAAAGAAAAUUCAUGUUUUUUCUGAAACUGAAAUGCCCUAUAAAUGUUAUUUUGGUUGGUUUAGCUUAAGAAAGUGAUUUAAAUAAGAAUUUUUUGGUGUUCAACAUUUUACAACAGGUUUUUUAAUUGGUAAUUGUUUUCUGUAUUGUUCUAAACAGAUCAAAAAAUGUAAGUCUAUUGGUAGAGAUUUUAAGUAUUUAUUGCAACAGCUUAGUUGACAAAUUGAUGUUACUGUAAAGCCAUAUGUUCUGUUAAGUCUAGUUUGCUUGAAACAAUACCUUCCAGGUGAAACACUAGAAUAUUUGGAGUGCACAUGGCUUGUUGUGUUUAAGUGGUUCACCUGCCUUUAAACAGUUCACCAAGAUUUAGUUUAAUACCAAGCAUUAUACAAUGGAACAUUUCAGAACAAUCUGCGUAUUUAAAACGCUGUAAUCCUUUUAGACAAGUCAAGUAAAAGAAAUGCUCAUGCUGCUAAUGUAAUUACAGUACCUGCAUUUUAAAAGUAAAUAGUGUUUUUAAUACAAAUUUUGGCAGCAGAGCAUGUUAAUUGGUAAUUUCACUGUACUGAUCUGUGUGAGGCUUUCAUUUGUAUGUUCUGAACCAGUUUUUUCACAGCUGGUUUGUGUAUAUAUAUAGUGAUUAUGGAAACUAAUUCUGUGUAAUUUAUAAUUUUCUAUGUCAAUGUAAAAUUCCAACAGCCUUCUCAAACAAACAGAAGCAAUAUACUGUAUAUUGCCACAUUGUCUGGUGAAAGGGUUAAAAUACUCCUGCACUUUUAGAUGCAAAACCAUUUUUGUUUCUGUAAUAGUCAUAUUCAUUUAUUUUUUACAUCAUUUGUUUUCCUGACCAGUAUUUAAAGCCAAAAGGAUAUUCUAAACAAUGGCCAAUGAUUUAUUUUAGAAGGCGUCCCAAACAACGUGCCUAAACAUUACAUUGCAUACAGAAAUAAAAAACCCACAUGUAUGUCGCUGCC